GACGCGCGGCAAGCGAGUGAGUGAGCGAGCGAGCGAGCGAGCGGGUAGGGCAAAGCGAACGUUUCGUGUUUCUGUGGCGUUCAGUCUGGUAGUCGCGUUUGCACGGCGUCGGUCUUGAGAUAUCGUUCCGAUCUUUCCCGCGGACGUUCCGACGUGAAGAAUCGGCGCGCGUCGUCGGCGAAUACGAUUCAUACGCGAGCGUGUCGUGCGGCGUUCUGAUUCGCUUCUUCGCGUGAGAUCGGCAGAUCGGGACAGGAUGAGAGGUGCAGGUGGUGUAUAGUGACCGUUGAAACUGAUCGUGAGACGCGAGUGAAACGUCGACGCGGCAGAGAGGAGGAAGGAGACGGUACGCGUACACAGCGUGGUUCGCGCGCGCUGACCCGAGAAGAAGCGGUUUGUGGAGACCAGAAUCGCCAUAAGAAGAGAGAGCAGGUAGGGGAGGAGGUACGGCGAUCGUCGUCGUUAUCGUCGUCGGGGACCGUCGACGAUGAUGGGAGAAUGUGCUGCACGGGCCGGGGCGAGGCCCCGACCGCUUCUCCGGCUGACGUUCUUCGUAACCUGCGUGCUGCUCUACGGAACUCUCGCGACUGCAACGAGAUUGAGGCACUCGAGACACCUGGACGUGAGAUCGCAGUUCCCGGACGAGGAGGAAUUACCGCUCAAUGAGAACUACAACCACAAACCGGUGUUCGUCAAUUGUGCGAAUUACGCGCCAAUGGUUGAUGAGGAAAUGCCGCGCUUCUCCUAUGUGUUCCAGGUGCACGCCGAAGACAAGGAUCCGCCGGAGGAUGGAGGCACCAUUACGUACAAAUUCGUGACCGGGCCGCAGGAGAAUGUUAAAUUCGAGAUCGACAACGUAACUGGUGUGAUCAAUACGACUACGAUAAUGGACAGAGACGAACCUAUUAAGGAUAGGGAGUUCUACCUCACGGUGCUCGCCACCGACAACGGGAGGCCGCAGCUGGACGAUGUGUGUACAUUUAAGGUCACCAUCAGGGACAUCAACGACAACGAACCCGUCUUCGACAAAGUGGUCUUCCGUGGAUACAAGUGGCAGGCGUACACCGAAUCCGUGCCGCAAGAUUUACCCGUCGAUCGCGAAGUCAUGAGAGUCUCCGCCAGCGAUCCCGACGACGGUGACAAUGCCACUGUGCGUUACAACUUAACGGCUAAGACAACGGCUGACGACGGGUACUUCCGGAUCGACAGAGAGACUGGUAUCAUAUACCUCACGCAAACUAUAAAAAACCACAACCCAGGCUAUAGAUUCGGUAUGGUGGCUAGGGCCAUGGACCUCGGCACACCUUCAUUGUCUUCUGCUAUUGAUCUCGAUAUACGGGUAGUAGAGUCGCAUAAGAAGGCGCCAAUUUUCCUACCGAGGCCAUUAGAGCCGAUCAAGUUAAGGGAGAAUUUUUCCGAUUUCGACGCCAGCAUUGUCCGUCUGAAAGCGAUCUCCAACGUCAACGACUCCAACAGCAAAUGGGACAAUUCGAACCUGCUCUUCGAACUGGUCGUCGGUAGCAAAGAGCAGACUAACAAGCUGAACACCUUUAGAUUAGAAUCGAACAAGGACGUGGCGGACAUCAAGAUCUCCCAGGCCCUCGAUUACGAGAGCAACACGCAGUAUUCAUUAAUAGUACGGGUGCAAAAUAAGAAUCAGUUGGCCGCCGAAACGGUAGUUGACAUCGAAGUUCUCGACGUGAAUGAUAUCAUUCCAACUUUCCGUGAUAUCAAGAAAGGAAGCGUGUUGGAAAACGAACCGCCGGGAGUACCCGUGAUGCAAGUACGAGCGAUCGAUCUCGACGGGACUUCCGCCAACAAUCAGGUCCGUUACGAGUUGGACAACUUUAAGGAACUGUUCGCAAUCGACAGCGUAACUGGCAAUAUCACGACAUUAGUGACGUUCGACAGAGAGGUUGAGGACACGUACGAUAUUAAAGUGAUAGCGAUGGAUAAUUCGCCGAGUGCUCUGUUCAAAACCGGCGAGCCCAACAAAGGGCAACAGGUGUUCCGAAUAGAAAUCGGCGAUAAGAAUGACAAUCCACCCCGCUUCACCCAAAAGGUGUACACUCAUAAUUCGGUUGACGAGAACGCCAACAUCAAUACGUAUAUAACCCAAGUUGAGGCCCUCGAUUCCGACACAGCAAGUCCAGUCACGUACAGCAUCAUAGCAGGAAACACUAACGGCAGCUUUUCCAUCGAGCGCACGACGGGGAAAAUUCGCGUGAAUCAAACGUUGGAUUACGAGCAGAUCACUAAGUACAAUUUGACCGUGAAAGCGUUCGACGGCGUGUUUAACGAUACCGCGCAGGUGGAGAUUUUCAUCGAGAACGUGAACGACAAUCCGCCGGUCUUCAGAGAGUUUAACAAAAAUCCGACGAUAGAGGAGGAGAAAUUAGUGCCUGGAUGUAUCACCACCGUGGAGGCUUACGAUCCAGACAUCGAGGACAGGAAUGCCGACCAACAUAUCGCGUACUUCAUCGUGAAGGAAAUUCAGCAACCUCUCAUCGACAUCGACAAAACUGGCUGUAUGAAGCUGAAGAAGCCGCUGGAUCGUGACCCGCCGAACGGCUAUUCGAUGUGGACUGUCAUCGUAAUGGCGAGAGACGAAGACGGCUCGCCCACGGCGCUACGGGAAUCGGUGGUCGUCAACAUCACCCUUCUCGAUAUAAACGACAACGCACCGUUCCUCGAUAUGCCUCAUCCCGUGAUUUGGGGCGAGAAUCAGUCACCUGGCAAGAUAACCGAGCUCAAAGCGCGCGAUUACGAUUCCGAUGAGAAUGGCCCUCCGUUCCAGUUCCGGAUCGACAGUAGCGCCGACGAAGAGAUCAAAGAGAAGUUCGACAUUCACAAGUCCAGUUUAUUCGCGAGGGUGCAGUUCGAUCGGGAACAACGAAAGAGCUACGAUAUACCGAUCGCGAUUACGGACAGCGGUUCGCCGUCCAUGACGGGCACCUCGACUCUCACUGUGAUCAUAGGCGACGAGAACGACAAUCCCAUGCAGGAGGGCUCGAGCUCGAUAUUCGUCUACAACUACAAGGGGGAAUCGCCCAAUACGCAAAUCGGGCGCGUUUACGUCAACGAUCCGGACGACUGGGAUCUGCCAGAUAAAUCCUUCGACUGGGCCGCCACUCCGCACGAGGGAUUCUUCUUAGACACCGACACCGGUAUGAUCACUCUGUUGUCCGGCACGUCGAACGACACCUUUGUGCUCAAAUUCAUCGUCACCGAGAAGGGUCACUUCUCGGGGCGCUUGCACCAAGUGAGCGCUUACGUGAACGUCACCGUGAAGGAACUCCCGGAGGAGGCCGUAGAGAGGUCCGGCUCGGUGCGAUUUUAUGGAAUAAACGCGGAACAGUUUGUCGAGCCCGACGAGUCCGGCGUCAGUAGGAAGGAGAUAUUCCAAGAGAAAGUGGCAUCCAUGCUGAACAUCUCGGUCGAGAACGUGGACGUGUUUACUGUUCUCCACUCGCCUCACUACAACAACCGGAGCCUGCUCGACGUCCGUUUCUCGGCGCACGGCAGCCCGUAUUACGCCCCCGAGAAGCUCAACACCAUCCUCGCGCAGCAUUCGCGGGAGAUCGAGCGCGAGAUGAGAGCGGAUAUCUUACUGGUGAACAUCGACGAGUGCCUGUUCGAGAAGCUGCACUGCAACAACUCGUGCCGCAGUUACCUGAACGCCAGCACCGUGCCGUACCCCAUCUACACCAACACCAGCUCGUUCGUCGGUGUCAGAGCGGUCGUGGACCCGCAGUGCACCUGCCACGUCGCGGAGCCGCUCGUCUGCCUGAACGGCGGCACCCCGUUGGCGGAACGAUGCGAGUGUCCACCUGGCCUGGAAGGACGGAGGUGCGAACUCUUGAGUAUCGGUUUCCACGGAGACGGUUGGGCCAUCAUGCCUCCGCCUGGUCAAGCCUGCGAGGAGUCACAUCUCGGACUGGAGAUAACACCGCACGUCGAGAACAGUCUCGUAUUCUACUUCGGACCCAUGACUUACAGUCCUAAACUUGGCAUUCAAGAUUUCAUGGCUCUGGAGCUUCAGCAAGGCUACGCCGUUUUGUACAUCGACUAUGGGACGGGAACUGCGCGGCUGGAUCAAAGACAAAUUAAAUUAACGGACGGCAAGAGUCACAGAAUAGAUGUUUUAUGGACAAAAACGUCGAUAGAGUUGAAAGUGGACAAUUGCGCUAUAUCUGCCUGCCUGAGUCUCACCGCACCGGUGAAUGGGCCGCACGGAACCAAUGAAUUCCUCAACGUUAACGGCCCGAUGCAAAUUGGCGGGACGUUGAGCAAUUUAGCGUACUUGGCGUCGAAAUUGGGAUGGGAUCAUACGCCGACCGAGAGGGGAUUCGUCGGCUGCAUACGCAACAUGUCAAUCAAUGGAAAUACGUACAAUUUAGGUAUGCCGUCGAUAUCCAAAAAUGCGGAUCCUGGCUGCAACCAUGGCAUGGCAAAGGCCGUAUCGUUCGGCAUCGAUACGAAUUUCCUAGUAGCUAUAUUAGUCUGCGUAGCGAUAUUGUUGAUACUACUGUUGGCGGUGGUUGUACAGAGAAGGAAGACAGACGACAUGUACAAAGAUAUGGACGACAUUAGGGAAAAUAUUAUUAAUUACGAGGACGAAGGUGGCGGUGAGGUUGACACAGGGUAUGACUUAAACGUGCUGCGAGCUAUUUACGACGCGCCGCCUAUCGAUUCCAAGAUAGCUCCGGUUGGUCUACAGGGUAGAGGAACCGACGAAGUUCCCGACAUAUGUGGUUUCUUAGACGGCAAGAAGGAAAGCUGCGACAAAGAUCCCGACACGAAUCCGUUCGAUGAUGUGAGACAUUACGCUUACGAAGGAGAGGGCAAUUCGGAAGGCGACUUGUCGUCGUUAGCUUCCUGUACUGACGACGGAGAUCUCAAGUUCAAUUAUCUGUCUAAUUUUGGACCAAGAUUCAGAAAAUUGGCAGAUAUGUACGGAGAAGAGCCCAGCGACGAGGAUAGCGACGGUGUGGGCGAGCGGGAAAGCGAAAGUUGGUGUUGAGUUUUCUUAGCUGGAAACUCGGCACAUGUAAAAUUUUUAACGAGAGUAAGAUAUAUUCCAAUUCGUUCGUUUUUUCCGAUUGAUUUCCAAAUAUUGUCGGGUUCGUUACACAAGAAAUCGCACAUCGGAACGUAGCCGAUGGUCCAUUGAGAGAAUUUCUCUCAAGAAUAAACUCUUCAUCGGCCACGGUUUAUUUCUCAAGAAUAAAUUCUUUCAUUGGUCAUCAUUGCGUCCCAAUAUCCGACUGCGAUGUACGACUUAUUCUUCUGCAAAGGGCCGUCUGCAAUAAUCGUAAAGUAUGCGGCAAGAUACAAGCAGGAAACCGAUUGACUAACCACAGUCGAUUAUUCUUGGACUGUAAAAAUCCAAUUGGUCAAUGGGUCAGUCGACAAAGUGUUAGGCCGUUUACAUAAUAAUAUAACAUCUAUAACUGCGGGGUUAUUCGGUCUAUAUUCCCGUGUCUUUCAUUUCAUCGCUCGGUUCUUAUUGUUGUAAUUUCUUAAAUUGCGAAAUGUCACAAUCAUGAUCGAAAAGUGAAUUCAGACUUUUAUGUCCGGAAGGGGAGAAGAAAGAGAAGGAAAAGAAAUAUACGCGUCAUCGUGCAAGAUGUCGAUUGUCUCCAACAACAGCUCGUCUGAGUACGGGAAUGCGGUAUAAUCCAGAACCGUUUUGAAUAUUCGUGUUUCGCGCAACGUACGAUGAACGUACUAUUCUCUCUUGUCCCACUUGUGCGCACGUAUCGCUUCUGACGUAAAAGUAUAAUAUAAAUGUAACCGUCUUAUCGACACGAGAUAUAAAAAUUCAUUUUGAGGAUCGAUACGAGAUUACACGUCAUUUCUGCAAGCAAAGAGAAUACUGGCUUAGUUCGUGUAUUGUCAGUCACUUGCGAUUAAUCUGAAACUUCAGUAACGGUCUGUCAAUAAGUCACACUCGCAUAAUAACACAACACACCGCGUCGAUCGACUCGCAUACUGUAAAACUCCUUCGCCUGUUCCUUCGUAGCGGCGGAGUUGGCGUACGUCACAUCGACUAGCGGCGAAUGAGACCACGCGUGUAGUUUUAACUACAAUGAAGCCUCGUUUCCCUCUUCUCGAUAGCGUAAAUUGAGGCUGCGGAAACGGGCCUGCGUCAAAUCUCUGCGGCACGUAUAUUCGUACUUAUAGUUAUGUGGACCGCAUGAGCUGAAGUGAAACCUGCGUGCGUCUCCUGGAAAUCGGGAACGGGUCGUGUGUGAACAGGUGUUAACAAUCGCGUCUAUUGCAGUAUUGUAAGGUUCGUUAAGGGCCAUUUACAAUAGCCGUAAGAUAUGCGACGCAAGUAGUAAGCACCAUUGACCAAUUGGAUUUCUACACUCCGAGAAUAAUCGGCUGUGGGUUAGUCAAUCAGCUUCCUGCUUGUAUCUUACUGCAUACUUGGCGAUUAUUAUAAACGGUCUUUUACAGAAAAAUAACUCGUAUAUCGGCGUAGGAUAUCGGGACCGCAGCCAAUGAGAGAGCUUAUUCUUGAGAAAUAAAUUCUCUAAUUGGACCAUCAGCUACGUUCCAACAUACGAUUUAUUGUUUAACAGGCCUAACAAUAUUUGGAAAUCAAUCGAAAAGAACAAACGAAUUGGGAUACGUAGUCGGAAAUCGAUUUUUCUUAUCACUGGUUAUUCACUGAUUACUGUAUACACACACACACACAUACACACACACAUACAAAGCUGCUUAGAAAAGCUUUUGGAAAUUUUGUUAUGGUUUUCCAAAAUAAAACACACGGACAGUUUUCGCACGAGCGAAACCAGAUCUAUUUAAUGCUCAUUUUAUCAUAUUUUAAGCAUCUCAUGCUGUCGCAGACAUUUCGCCCGUGUACAUAACCCAGAUAACGCGGAUGAUUGGCAGUAUAAUAUCAUUAACAAUUUCGUGUCGCUCCGCGUUAUUAACACGGGGAAAAAAAUAAGUUUGCUUGUGUCAACGUGACGAGACGAAGCGAAGCGGACGCGUUUUGGUUGAGGGAAAAAAAAUUUCUAGCUGUAAAAACCGAAUUUGAUUCGUAAGGAACGGAUGUUCCGUUUUUUCCGACAUAAAACGCGCUUGGUUCUCUUCAUCGUCACGGCAAUUCAAUCAAUCUUCUUUCUCAAACGUCUAGAUUUAUUGCACGUCGAUAAAGUCGACGAAGUAUUAAGCGCAUUCUUCGUUCGUUCAUUCACCAAGAUUAUUGGAACUAGAGAAAGAGGUACUGUUUAUUUUGUUAAUGUUUCUUUUUUCUUUUUAACAUUAUACAUAAUAGUAACGAAAUGCUAUGUGACUGACUUUAGAACUCGCCGGCAAGGGAAACCUUAGUAACUUUGUAAAGUCGCGCGUUCAUGGCUGCCAGGUUCAAGAGACGUUUUCCUACGACCACUCGCUUAUACACACACAUACAUACACACACAUAUUCCAUUAUCAUUUUUAAUAAUAAAUGUGUACAUUCCAAUAGCAAGAGCAGCUGCAGCGCAGCAAUGCCACUUUGAGUUCAUUUGAAGCUACAAACGCUCUGGGUGCACUUGAAGAAAGACUAUGAUUGAUCUGUACGGCGCUUCGAAGCGUUUGCAGCGUCAGGUGGAUCCUAUCCUUAGUAAGCAUCGUUGACGCGUCGCAGUUUAACAAAGCAACGGUCUAUAACGAGAGUAAUAAUUCGUAAUAUUCGAUUGCUGAUCUGUGUUCUUGAGUUUGGCAAUCAUCGAGUUACGAGGUUUCCGGACUAUUUUUUAUACAUUAUAUAAAUAUAUAAAUAUACAUAUAAAAAGAUAUAUAUAUACAUAGAUAGACAGAGAGAGAGAGAGAGAGAGAGAGAGAGAGAGAGAGAGAGAGAGCGCAAGCGAAUUAUAAAAGAAAAACGAGUGAUCAGUGUAGUGGAUCGUGAAAGGACAACACUUCUUAACAGGAAUUUAGAGGGAUUAUCGCAGGAAUAAAGGAACUGAAUGGGAGAAUAGUGCGCGCGUCACUUUUCUAUUUAAUUUAUAAUAUAUAGUAUUUUAAUAAUUCAGCGUAUGUAUGGAUGAGAGAGAGAGAGAGAGAGAGAGAGAGAGAGAGAGAGAGAGAGAGAUAUGCAAGACGUACGGUGUGUCACGAGUGCGUAUGCACAUCCGACGUCCGUGUGCAUUAACGGACGGACACGGUCCGUGUAAGUGUGUACUGUAAUCGCGUGCGUAAUAUUGUUAUAUUCGAUAUACGUUCCCGCAAACGCAUAUACAUAUAUACAUAUAUCCUUUAUACGUGUAUAUUUCUCUCGCGAGAAUCGCAAGAGUUAGGAAGUUCUCUCGUCGCAAGUUUGUCCGUAAUGUUCCGCCAGUAGGAUUUUAUCUCGCUCUAAGCAGCACAUCCGUGCUUGCAGACGAAAGAAAAAAAAAAAGAAACAACCGACGCAUGAAGAUCGAGUGCCAUAGCGCGCCUCGGACGUUCGAUCCUCUCUCUCCAUUUUCUCAUUUCGCGAGUAACGAUUAACAGUUAAUUCCUACCGACAAUUCCUACCGACAUAGGACAUCAGCACACAUUCGCGCGACCCGCAAGUAACUCCGGGACGACAAACCGCGUUAAUACACACGUACGUACUUAAAACGUUUGCAAUCAAAUGUUCCCUCGUCACGGAAGUAUUUGCCUGUGUCCGUCGUCGGUCAGCGACGACCACUUUAUUAAAACUUUAUUAAACCGUCAGCAUUCUCGCCGUAGCGUCUUCAUGAGGUUAAUAAGUAUUUAUACGUGUAUGCGAACACCACACAUACACACCGAUGCUCUUACUUUUAAGCUCCUUAUACACAGACCGGCGUAACAGCGCAUUAUAAUUAGGGUUACUAGUAUUUUUUAAGCGUAUAAAAUACAUUUGUUCCGGGAUAUCAACGGAUGAAGUUGUUAACAGUGACGGGCGACUGCCUUGUCACGUCGUCUUCUUGGAGUAAUCAAUAAAUAAUAAAUUGAUAAUGCGUGCGAUUGGAAAAUCCUAAGAACCUAACCGCAUGACAUAUUGAGGCUGUUAUGUCGGUUUGUCUGCAUUUGGUUUCGACACGGUUCAGACACCUUUCUUCGAUGCGAUUUAAAACAGAGCCGGUGGCACGAUGGGAGAACUUAGUUUCUGGAAAUUGAUCGGAAACAAAUUCCCUCGGUGGUGGACCAUCGGCCGCACUUCAAACCGCAUUGAGAGAAAAGGUAAAACCGUAUCGGAAGCAAGUGUGCGAUAAAGUUAACGAUGACAUAUGUAUUGUCUGCGAGUGGUUACGUUGAGGUGUUACCGCAGAUCGAGAUACGUUCCUCGGUUAUUCGUGCUGCUUGAGACUCGCCAUUUUUUAUAACUCGUCGACGAUGAAGUACUGACGAUUGUUGAGUGCGUAACGUUUCGAUACUUAUUAUAUAGUAAUAAGACGAGCGAUUUAAUAUCCAUCGAUAUUUCAUAUGUGAGAUAUCCGAGAUCACGUUCAACAAAUAAUUCGCGUUAGUGAUGAACUUUCAAUAAUUCCUCGGCCGUACGAAGAGAACUGUGCAUAAGUAACCGAGGGAUGUUCAGAUCACGUUCCUCCACGCGUAAAUGCGUAUGAAAUUCGAUCUUGUUUUUAAACAUCUGACGCGUAAGAGAACGAUGUUUAAAUGGAAACGCUGAGGAAUGAGAUCAAAUGUGUUUCAAAUAGCAUUAAUAUGGACCCAUACAGUUUGCUUUUUCUCUCUCCCGAACCUUGUGAAUACAUCCAAAAUGUAACAUCUACAAUAUAAUCAAAACUUUCUCAAGAGAAUUUCCAACCUUCUUACGAAUACUUCUUAAUAUAACACUAUCAGAGGAAAAAAAUUUAGAAAUAUAUCAAUACAUAUCUCUCCAUGUGCUGCUUAUGUGUUGAUCUGUAUUGUGUUUUCUACUGAUAGUCUUCUCUGUGCAUCGUUGCUGUUAUAUUUGCAAAAGUAGAGAAGGAUAAAAUAUUCGAUAUUCGAUUCUCGAAUAUGUAUAUUUUGUGAAAUCCCGUAGCGUUCCAUAUUGAUAUCGUUUGAUAUUGAUCUUCGAAUUUGAUCUCAUCCCUAAUGACAUCGUCGUACUCUGAUACCGCACUGUUAAUCAUUGAAACGAAACUCAACGUACCGCGCAGUCUUAAUACAUAUCGCGAAGAUCGACGCAGAUGUAUGACGAUGCAGCUACACGAUAAGAAAGACAGCUUAGGCGGAAGCGUGUGAUCUCAAGAAUUAAGCAGCGGAUUCUUGGUUGGGCGUUCCUCCGUAUGAAUGUCUACCUACGAGCUACUUAGACGCUUGCCAUUGAACAACGAUUAGGAGAGAAAUCAAGUUGAUACAGUGACAGAGACCUAAUCAUUUAGCUAGAAACAAGAACUAACUAUUCCCAUUGAAAUUUAAUUUCCGCGCAUCUUCGCGCAAAUUGUUCUUAUCUUUUCCCCCUUUAUCUCUUCUUUUUUUAUUAAGACAGACAUUUCUGGCAAGCGUGGCGAAAAGACGUUAUAUCAAUACAAAGUCUGUAUGAUAAAGUUUGUACGUGUGCAGGAUGCUUCAGAAUCACAGGUGAAAGAUGUAACUGGCCGGUGGAGAGAAAAAAUUGCGAAAGCAAACAAAGAGAUUUUUACGUGCAUAGGUGCGUAAAAUAAUCGUCUUCGGGAUAUUCAGCUUCUUACUUUACUUACCUUUUUAGCUACGCUCUUCACAUUCAUGUUUACACGUAUGUAUAUUUAUUAUUGAACGUGUGCACCACGACUUGUUUGUUUGCUCUCGUAAAUUACAUUAACCUCUCAGUUGAAUCUUGUAAUUUUGAAGUGUCCCGCGCAUAUAAAGAUAUGUAUGUAUAGAAUAACUGUAAUAGGUUUUAAUCCCCUGUCAAUUGGGCGUAAUGUACAACAGCUAACAAUAACAUCGCUCGACUUUUCCUUUAUCAUUUCUUUAUCAUCAAUAUAAGAUUAGCUCUUACAUAGGAACAUAAGAAAUUGCCGCGCGAAGAAAUGUUGUUUUUUUUCCUUUUUAACUUAUUCAUUCGUUAGAAGAAACCUCCUCUUGCCCGCGUUAACUCCGAAUUCGUAUAAAUCAUUGAUAUUCAUCUUGUGACACUGUAAAGAAAACGUUCACGCAAUCCUCAUCAAUUUUCAUACACCUGUAAUCGCCGUUUCUCUAGUGUCCACGAGAAAUGACGAAUCGCUCAUUUCCGUCGCGAUAGGGUCGUAAAGUGUAAAGAGGUUCGUAAAUGCUGUUGAUAAAUGUUUAUUGAACACUGCCUUUAAGUGAUAGAGAAAGAUCAAUUCUUCGACGCGCGAUCUUAACAAUUAAAUCUUAACCGGAUCUUGACGUAUUACCGCACUCGAAUAAAGAAAAUGAAAGGAGAUAGGAUGUGAAGGGGAAAAAAAAAAGAACGUAAACCAUAAACAGAGAGACAGAGACGCAGAUAUAACUAGAUACGAAAAUAUACAUAUUAUAUACACGCGCAUAAAUGUAUGCGCGCGCGUAUACACAGGCUUGUACAUUAUCUAGCGAAGUAAGACUUCUAUUGCGUACCAUUUAAUAUGUGAUAAUCGACGGCAACGCAUAUGAGCGCACCAUUAUCCUUUACCUUCGAUCCACCCUUAGCUCGACAACGUUAAGUGUAAUUUCUUUUUUUGUAGCAAUAAAUUCGAAUAUACACGAUA